CCGGUACGAAAAUGGACAACUUGGGAAUAGAAGACACGAUUCUUCGAGCCUCGCGGCCCGUUUUUACAGUUUCCGAUAAUCGCGUCCCCUCCUCCCAAGUUGUCUAUGUUCGUUUCCAAGCUGUGGGAUAAUGCCGGAGAAAUCACUGUGCUCGUUGAGCACGAUCGUAAACGAUCGGCCACAGCGUAGACCUAGUGUUUUAAGUUUUAAUCGUUCGAACUUCGACACUGGCGGGUCCAUCCUCGCGAUGCUCCCCUCGUCCAGGUCUCCGUUAGACUUCAGGAGUUCAUUUCGGAUGGGUCGAUGUCCCAUCGUAUAGGUCCGUUCCGAUCGUGGCGGCGGACUUUACUGCAGGCACACUUUUAAAGUCUUUGAUCACAGAAGAUUAUUCAGUACUUACUCGAAUCACCGCCGCCACGAUUCGAAAAUAAUCCGGGACCGUUUUACUAGGACAUUAGACUUAACGUUACUUUUUAGUUACCCGCCCCACCCCCCUCCAUCCCCUCCGUCGCACAGCGACGCCCGCCAGGAAAGGUCGUCGCUGUUUUUAAAGCGUGUUUUUAGCAUAUCGUCGUCCGAAGCGUUCUUUUUUUUAAAAGUAAUUUAUUUUUUAAAAGGUUAAGCGAAACCGGCUCCCCGCGACUCUCGAAACGAAUUUUACACGAAUAAAGUUCCGUUGGAGGUGUUGAUCGCGGCAGGGCGGCAAGGAUCGUUCGUCGUUCCACUGCGGAUUUGUGUACUUCGUUCAUGGUUACCUUUAAUUUAAUAUGCGGACGGAUUCAGAGUGUAUGUGUCUCUGUGCGUGUGUGUUUUGCGUGUGCGCGCGCCUGUUCCGUCGACGAUCCGUCCGCGCGUCGUUUUACCGUUCAGAUGAUAUUGUCGUCGCAAGCUGUUUGUCUCUCUGGAUACCUGUUUGUACAUAAAGAGAAAAUAUACGAGGUCGAUUACCUCAUCGCUGUCGUCUGUUUACAUUCCCCAGCGUGUCUUGCGAACAAAGCGGUCUACGAAGUAAGAAGCGUCACGAGGAUCGUCGCGCGCGGAACGUCGCGAGAAAAUUCUCUGAGAUUGUCGCUCAGCUUGUACAAACAAAAAUGGACAAUUUCGGAAGAGGGGCUGUGAUUAUUCGAGCCUCGCGGCUCUGACACGACAAGGAAAAUUCCACGAAUUCAAAGCGAUAGUACUGAUGAAUUGCGAUAUGUUCUCGUGGGGCUAUUUCUAUGCAAUUUAGCUUAAACGAAAGCUAAAAGUGUUUACUUCAAGGCAGGAUAGAUUAUAUUGCAAUAGAACGACGAGAUAAUUUUGAAAAAUUAAAAGGAAUCGGCCUCUGACGUCAUGGGAAUAUCAAGAUUGAAGAGGAAAAGUUCAGAAGAAUUUUAAGAUGCGUUCUCAUGGGGCUAUUUCUAUGCAACUUAGCUUAAACGAAAGCUAAAAGUGUUUACUUCAAGGCAGGGUAUAUUAUAUUGCAAUAGAACGACGAGAUAAUUUUGAAAAAUUAAAAGGAAUCGGCCUCUGACGUCAUGGGAAUAUCAAGAUUGAAAAGGAAAAGUUCAGAAGAAUUUUAAGAUGCGUUCUCGUGGGACUAUUUCUAUGCAAUUUAGCUUAAACGAAAGCUAAAAGUGUUUACUUCAAGGCAGGAUAGAUUAUAUUGCAAUAGAACGACGAGAUAAUUUUGAAAAAUUAAAAGGAAUCGGCCUCUGACGUCAUGGGAAUAUCAAGAUUGAAGAGGAAAAGUUCAGAAGAAUUUUAAGAUGCGUUCUCGUGGGGCUAUUUCUAUGCAACUUAGCUUAAACGAAAGCUGAAAGUGUCUACUUCAAGACAGGGUGGAUUAGAUUGCAAUUAUAUAAUAAGCUCCGUUCGCCUCGACGACUGCAAGUUAUUAUAUCUCCAUCCAAGAAAACGCGAACCAACUUAUUACACGAUCUAACAGCUACCGGGUGACAACAACUAAGAAAACGCGAACCAUAAGGCUCGAAUAAUCGCAUCUACCCUUCCCAAACUGUCCAUUUUUGUUUCCAAUCCGAGGGACAAUUUCAGAGAAUUUACUAUACUUCGAAACGGCAGACCAAUUCCCAGCAAUUAGAAGGAGAGCGGCCGGGGAGUCUAGUCGGCCGAGGAAAAUCGAGGAGAGCCGGGGAUAGUCGUCCGCCGGAGCGAGAGAGAGAGAGAGGGGGAGAGAGAGGGAGACGGAAAGAGAGAGAGAGAGAGAGAGAGAGAGAGAGAGAGAGAAGGGCAGAGAGAAAGGCCACGACAGUGAAAGUGGAUCAAUACCCCGUUAACGUUUCGCCAGGCAACGUGCGUGCGGAGAGUACGCUGUCUCUCCGGCAGUCUCGCUUAUUUUUCAACGGAGGACAGUCGCGACUCGGCCGAAUCCACAGUGUCAUCAUCGGCGAAUACGCGACAACUAUUGUCCAGUUCAUUGUCUCACUGAUGCCCAGUUUCUCCUCGACGAGCCGCAGUGAAAUCGCGUUGACAAAUCAGAGAAAGCUGCUGGCCAGCUAAAACGGUCGUCGAUGGCCUGAACGCGAUGUGCUCGGGGAAACGUAGAAAAGUGGUCGACAGUGUGGUUUUUGCGUUGACGAUGGAGUCUCCUGCACCAUCCUGCGUGGUCUUCUUCGAGCUGGCAGAGUGGUAGACGAACUGAAUGGAGGAGAGAGACGGUUUCCGGGGACCAAUGGCCAGGCCGCGAUUUCUCUGAAGAUCGUUCAUCGGAUUCGCUGAGAUGCACCUCUCUUAUUUCAUACACAAGAUCACCUGCAAUUCCGACCUACGCUGCUUCCGGUUCCUCAGGUGGACCACCAUGGUGCCGCUGGUGAUCUACCUGAGCCUGCUCUUCGUCAAGUUCAACAAGAGCGUGCCCCUGAAGAGCUUGCCCACCGGCUCCACCGAGAAGGACACCGACGGGUCGUUGAUCGAGAAUCUGUUCAUCGAGCUGGAGGCGGUGACCCCCAGCAAGAGGGACGACAAAGGCGCGGCGUUGAUCCGCAAGGACGAGCAGAGCAUCAGGGAGGUGGAGGAGGCUGAGAACAGGGAGAACCCGAGGACCCUGCUCGAGGAUAUAUUCCAGAGGGCGGACACCGAUCAGGAUCAAUCGUUGGACAUCCAAGAGCUUGCCAAGUGGAUCCACACGAAGAUCACAGAGCAUAUCAGUCGGGCAAUGAGGGAGAACGUUGGCCUCUUCACCGCUAUCGACAAAAACCCCAGGAACGGCGAGGUGUCAUGGGAAGAGUACCACGCGUACUUUCUCAGGUCCCACGGGUUCCCGGAGAGUUAUGUCAGCUCGCACGACAAGAAGCACAGCGACAUGUCGCGGACGCUGAAGGAGAACAUCAUGAGGGACAGAGCCAGAUGGGCGGAAGCAGCCAGAAACGACCCGGACAGGCUGGCACUGGACGAGUUCCUGGCGUUCACCCACCCGGAGAGCAGCCACAGAGCUCUGCUCCAAAUAGUCGAGGACUUGUUCGAAAAAUUUGACCGCGACGGGGACGAGGAGCUGACCGAGGACGAGUUCUCGGAUCUGCCAGCCGAGGGGAUGGGUCUGGACCUGAGGGAGGACAAGCACGAAGCUGUGGGUGGUAGCGAGGACAGGCGACAGGAGUUCAGACACCUGAUUGAUAAGAAUAAAAAUGGAAAAGCCGACAGAACCGAACUUCUAAUGUACAUAGACCCGAGGAAUCCGAGACACGCCAUCCAAGAAGCUCAACACCUGAUCAGUCUGUCCGACACGAACUUGGACGGGAAGCUGAAUCUCUCUGAAAUACUCAGCAAAAUGGAGCUGUUCCUGGGCAGCAAGAUGGUGGACACCGAAGGGAGUUUCCACGACGAAUUCUAGGGACUCGUCGAAGACGUCCGGGGAUCGUCGGAGGCGUUCGGGCCUCGUCGUACACCGAAGUCCGAGAAUCAAAUUUCUAUCGAACCUUUUGUAUCGCUACUAAAACCAGACAAUAUUCGUUAGCAAUAGUUAGCGGCCACGAUAGGCGAUCGAUCGGUCUCUACCGAGGAUCGGUAUCAAAAAAAAAAAGAAGAAAGAAAAAACGAGGAUGCUCGUUUCCUAGAGAACGUCUCGCGAAAACCGCGUUCCGGUGGAACGAAGCUCGCAUUUCCACGGACACCGGUAUCUUUUCUACUUUUUCUAUUCCAGCAGCACGGACUCUAUUUUUCUGCGACACGUCUGUUUUGCAAUUUUUCGAGGACACUUUUUCACUGGUAGACACACGGGACUCGAUCGGACGCAAUGGAAUUGCUGCGAGCUUUUUCCAGGCUGCGUACGGACGAGGAGAUGUUAAACGAGAACGUCACAGUAUUUCAUAUCGAUUACCGUUCAUUCAUUACCUAGUUUGUAAUGUCCGACGUAGGGAUUUCGCUGGAUGGUUGUACACUGUUCUAACGAGAGCGAGGCGAUCGUUUCGACGCUUCGACGGCUUUUAUAACGUAUCUGUGAUAGUCUUCGUGACGUAGAGUAUUAUUUCUCUGCCUGAUGCGGGUAGGACGGAAAACUAAACUUGUUGGCAAAUGAAAUGACCGUUCAUUCGUCCGGCAAUUAAUUAUCGCGGUGAACGAUUUCGGUUUCGGCAACAAGUUCGCGUAUAGUCCUCGCGCGACAAGAAGGCGUCUUUGCGUUUACGUUCCCCUCUUACUAGCUGCCCCACUCCCGCGACUAGUAGGAGGGGGAACGUCCCACUGCCGCGGCUAGUAGGAGGGGGAACGUCCCACUGCUGCAGCUAGUAGGAGGGGGAAUGCCCCACUUCCGCAGCUAGUAGGAGGGGGAACGUCCCACUGCCGCAGCUAGUAAGAGGGGGAAUGCCCCACUCCAGCAGUCAGUAGGAGGGGGAACGUAAACGCAAAGGUGCCUUCUUCUCGCGCAAGGACUAUACCUUGCGUCGUCUGUUUGCAUUUCAGAGACUGUAGAAAUUGUAUAUCGCAACUAAGUCGUGCAUAAAUGUAUUUUUCAGAACCUAGUACUACAUCGUAUCACUUCGUUCAACCGUGUUAACGCAAGUGAUGGAAAUUGAAUGAUUCGUUGAUUUCCUUUGGAACAAUUGAGACUGAAACGAAAAGGUCGUAAGAUCAUCGUAUUUUACGUUCUAUUUUUUGAUGGAGAAAGGGUAUAGUAUAAUUGUGCGUAUACUUGAAUCCGCCCAUUCGUCAAAUUUGUGUGAACAGCGUUGCGCGCGGAUUCUCGUUCAAUCGCUGAUUCGACGUUCACGCAAAGCUGAUAUAUUUUAUUAACGAUGUAUUAACAAAAGAGUUUCAUUUAGCCAGGCGUCCUUGCACGUUUGACCGGUGUCGAUGCAUUGUCUGAAAUCGCGGCAGACCAAUCUGCAAAGAGAGAAUUUCGUUGUUGUUCCUUUCAGAAGAUAUUUCUACGCUGUGACACAUUUUUUGUACAGUUCACUGUCGCAAUAAAAAUCCUCUGUGAGUAUAA